CCUCGUGUUGGAUUGUGGGAAGAGUGCCGCUCACCAUCAUGGCGGAUAUAUUUGGUGAUUCGUUAUUCAGCGUGUUUGACGAUGACCAGCCUUCCACCAGCAGAAAGACUCCCUCUGUGGCUUCAGACAGCGGGAAAGCUGUCAGUAAAAAUGAAAGUGAUGUUGUCAAGACCAAGAGACAGGCAGAAAGUGAUCCUGCAGAGGAGGUGGUGCUUGAAAAGAGACUUAAAUAUGAAACGGUAUCCACUAAUGACCUAAAUCUUGCAGAAUUUAUGCCCCAAGUUAAGGUGGAGCAAGUUGAAACUGUGGAUGGAUGCUCCCAUGAGGUUGCUCUGCCGGCUGGAGAUGAAUAUAAACCACUGAAGCCUCGAGUAGGGAAAGCAGCUAAGGAGUAUCCUUUCAUUCUUGACCCGUUUCAGCGUGAGGCCAUCUUAUGCAUUGAUAACAACCAGUCUGUGCUCGUGUCUGCGCACACGUCUGCUGGCAAGACUGUUUGUGCUGAAUACGCCAUUGCACUGGCCCUCAGGGAGAAGCAGAGAGUUAUAUUCACCAGCCCCAUAAAAGCCCUCUCCAAUCAGAAGUACAGAGAGAUGUAUGAAGAGUUUCAGGAUGUGGGGCUGAUGACCGGAGAUGUCACCAUCAACCCUACGGCCUCCUGCCUUGUCAUGACAACAGAGAUUCUGAGGAGCAUGCUGUACCGAGGCUCUGACAUUAUGAGGGAAGUGGCCUGGGUCAUUUUCGAUGAGAUCCAUUACAUGAGAGAUGCAGAGCGUGGUGUGGUGUGGGAGGAAACCAUCAUUCUUCUUCCUGAUAAUGUACAUUAUGUCUUCCUGUCUGCCACCAUUCCCAAUGCCAGGCAGUUUGCAGAAUGGAUCUGCCACCUACAUAAACAGCCAUGCCACGUUGUGUACACAGAUUACCGUCCCACUCCACUGCAACACUACAUCUUCCCAGCAGGGGGUGAUGGACUCCACCUGGUGGUUGAUGAGAAUGGAGACUUCAGAGAAGACAAUUUCAACACAGCGAUGCAGGUGCUGAGAGACACCGGUGAUUCCGGGGGAGGCAGCGGAGGGGGCAAGUGGGAUCCAAGAGGGCGGAAAGGAGGCACUAAAGGCCCUUCCAGUGUGUUUAAGAUUGUGAAGAUGAUCAUGGAGAGGAACUUCCAGCCUGUCAUCAUUUUCAGCUUUAGCAAGAAGGAGUGUGAGGUCUACGCUCUGCAGGUGGCCAAACUGGAUUUCAACAGGGAUGAGGAGAAACGCCUGGUGGAGGAGGUGUUCAACAACGCAAUAGACUGUCUUUCAGAUGAAGACAAAAAGCUCCCUCAGGUGGAACAUGUGCUGCCACUGUUGAAGAGAGGGAUAGGAAUCCACCAUGGAGGCCUGCUGCCUAUCCUGAAAGAAACUAUAGAAAUCCUUUUUUCUGAAGGGCUGCUCAAGGCCUUGUUUGCCACAGAGACAUUUGCAAUGGGCAUCAACAUGCCAGCACGCACCGUGCUUUUUACCAGCGCACGGAAGUUUGAUGGCAAGAAUCACCGCUUUAUUACAUCCGGUGAGUACAUCCAGAUGUCGGGACGUGCUGGCAGAAGAGGAAUGGACGACAGAGGAAUUGUUAUUUUUAUGGUGGAUGAGAAGAUGAGCCCGGCUGUUGGAAAGCAGCUGCUCAAGGGCUCAGCCGACCCCUUGAACAGUGCGUUCCACCUCACGUACAACAUGGUGCUCCACCUGCUGCGUGUGGAGGAGAUCAACCCAGAGUACAUGCUGGAGAAAUCUUUCUACCAAUUCCAACACUAUAGAGCUUUACCUGGUAUAGUGGAGAAAAUCAAGAAGUUGGAUGAGCAGUACAAUGCCAUUGAGAUUCCCAAUGAAGACAGCGCGCUCACUUACUUUAAAAUCAGGCAGCAGCUGGCAAAACUGGGCAAAGAAAUCCAAGAGUUCAUACACAAACCCAAAUACUGUUUGCCCUUCUUGCAGCCCGGACGCCUUGUCAGGGUAAAAAAUGAAGAUGCAGACUUUGGCUGGGGUGUGGUUGUAAACUUUUGCAAGAAGACUAAUGUGAAGUCUGUUGCGGAUUCUGAGCCGCUGUACGUGGUGGAGGUUUUGGUUCACUGUAGUAAGGAGAGUGUAAAAGACUCUGCGACUGAGGCGGCUAAACCUGCUGCUCCCGGAGAGACGGGAGAGAUGCAGGUGGUCCCAGUGAUGCUGCAUCUCCUCACUUCCAUCAGCUCGGUUCGUCUUUACAUACCCAAAGACCUGAGGCCUUAUGACAACAGGCAGCUGAUGCUCAAGUCUAUACAGGAAGUGCAGAAACGUUUCCCUGAUGGUGUUCCUUUGCUGGACCCCAUAGAUGACAUGGGCAUCAAAGACCCUGGACUGAAGAAGGUCAUUCAGAAGGUUGAGGCUUUCGAGCACCGCAUGUACUCCCACCCACUGCAUAGUGACCCCAAGCUGGAGGCGGUCUAUUCUCUGUGUGAGAAGAAAGCUCUGAUUCAGGCAGAUGUCCGCGCAGCUAAACAAGAGCUGAAGAAGGCGCGUACCGUUUUGCAGAUGGACAAGCUGAAGUGCCGCAAAAGAGUGCUGCGACGCCUCGGCUUUGCCAGCCCCUCUGACGUCAUCGAGAUGAAGGGGCGCGUCGCCUGUGAAAUCAGCAGUGCUGACGAGCUGCUGUUGACUGAGAUGAUGUUCCACGGCCUCUUCAACGACCUGACAGUUGAACAGGCCACUGCCCUGCUGUCCUGCUUCGUCUUUCAGGAGAAUGCCAAUGAGAUGCCAAAACUGACAGAACAGCUCGCUGCACCUCUGAGGCAAAUGCAGGAGUGUGCAAAGCGCAUUGCCAAGGUAUCUGCAGAUGCAAAGGUGGAGGUGGACGAGGAGACUUAUCUAAACCAGUUUAAACCUCACCUGAUGGAUGUGGUCUACGCCUGGGCUAACGGUGCCACGUUUGCUCAGAUCUGCAAGAUGACUGACGUGUUUGAAGGGAGCAUCAUUCGCUGCAUGCGGCGCCUGGAGGAGGUGUUAAGGCAAAUGUGUUCUGCGGCCAAAGCCAUCGGCAACACGGAGCUCGAGAACAAGUUUGCCGAAGCAAUAACAAAAAUUAAGAGAGACAUCGUCUUCGCUGCCAGUCUGUACCUGUGAGGACUUAAAUCUGCAGGACUGGGAGGAAAAAGGCUCGUCUGGACUGUAGUCAGUCUGUUUUCAUAGUGUUUUGUUGAGC